AUGGAAUUCGCGGAUGGCGACGAGUACGAGAAAUGGACACACAUCGAGCGGAGAGUUCCGUUCCAGGUACGUCCCUCAUUUUGUAUUCCGAGGAGAUUGGGCGAUCAGUUCUUGGGAAAGAUGGCAAAUGACAUAAAUGUCAAUAGGAAACUUGUUUUUGGAAAGACUUACUAGUUACUCACUUUGAAAGAUUCUACAGUUGUACUACGCUGAUUUUUCUUGGUCGAAUUCAUCAAAACCGUUGUCCAUUCUCUCUCAUAAACAUCUUUUCUGCUCCUGCAAUUUUACGACGUUCCUUUCAAACGUUUCCCUCGAAUAUUCCGUGCUGGAAGAAGAAUGAUAUGCAAACGCAUGUGCAAAAACAUCAUGUUUUCUGUAUUUUUGCUGAGCCGUUUCAGUUCCUUAUCCUCAUUUCCAUCUGCUAGACGACGGUUCUCUUUUUAAUUACCAUUCUUCGUUCGAUCAAAUUAGCUGUUCCUUUCUCAGCGUUCCUUCAAACGGAAAUGACGUUGUUUGUGUAUCCGUUUUUGUGAAUCUUUGCGAUAUUCUCAAUUAUUCAAAGCAUUCGUACCUUUUUCAUCCCAUGCUUUCAACCCAUUCUCCUCACAUAUUGUUCAUGAAAUAAUAACAUGAGAGUGCAGAAAAACAAAGAAAGUGCGUUCAUGAGUGACCCGUUCGAGUACAGCUCUUAAUCCCAUUUUCUACUCAUUCGCGUUAGUCAACAGCUCGCCCAAACCAGCGCCUAAACUUUGUUUUUGCUCCCCGGAAACAGUGCCAUUUCCGUUCAGCCUUCCUUGUGCCCUAACUUCCAUAGAGUCUAUAGAGCCUCUAAGACACAAACACGCGCCAACUUAAUUAUGCUCCUCCCUUCCCUUUUUGCCAACAAACUGUGGUUUGGGUUGUUUGGAGCAAAGAGCCCAUUCAUUCACGAAGAAACAUUUUCGGAGCGAGCAACAUUCUGCUCAGUUGGCAAUUUAAUUGGAAACUCGACUGACAUGCCCUUGCCAUGUGCCCGUUUACUUUCGGUUCGUAGUCGACGACGUGCGUGAAUCGAGUGACCGGAAAACAAGAAUUUACCUGGAAAGAGGGUCCGAAUUGUGUCCUGCACUCUCAGUGUGCUGGUGAUAUUUAAUUCUGUGGGACGGACGGACGCUGACGCUGAUUUUGAGGAACAAAGAAGAACCACAUUGUGUAGAAUUCAGAAAUUGUUUUUGAAAAGCAGAGCACUGUUUGUAAUGAGCGGUUAUUUCUCGGUACACGCAUUUCUCUAACGUGCUUCCUCCUCCGUUCCUUGUUUUGGAAAUCAGCUAUAGUAGUGGCGGACGCCUCUUCGAUUUCUGUUAUUCCGAGUUUUUUCAAUAACAUAAUUGUUUUUAUAGCAUUCAGUUGCCGCCCAUUUCCCCUAAGUAUCCUCUCGCGGAGCUCAUCCAAAAAUCCAUCCACUGCUUUCCAUCCUUCCUCCGCAUCGCACUCUUUUGGUGGUUUUCCCUGAUUGACAAGGUCAUUUGCCACGUCACAAUCCAUUUCCAUCAAUUCCCCCUCAGAUAGCCCCGCCCCUUUCCUCCCUGUCGCUUUUUCCCUUCGUCUUCUCCGUUUUUUAAUCCGAACCGGGGCAAAGAAGACGACCGUGACUUUCCGAGUUCUCACGAUAUUAAGCUUUCUGCUCUCACCUAUUCAUAUAGUUUUCGGCGGAUAUCCGAGCAUAUUCGGCUUCUUCCCAAAUCGACUGAAGCAUCAGAAGGCGAAGAAGAAGAAGCUACAGCUCCGAAAACAGAAAAUCGGAACAAUGAGCAUUGUGAGUUGUGUUCUUCCUCGUAUUAUUGUCACUUUUUUCCCACCGGAACGUCCCCUCCGAAAUAUGAUAUAAUUUCGUGAAGUCUCUCGGCGAUUGUAAGAGACUUUCACACGUUUCCGACGAGACGAACGAACAUCCAUGAAUACCAAAUGGAAAUCAAAGUUUCCAUGAAUGUUGCUUUCUGAUUCGUCUGAAUGGGGAUAUACAAUUAAAGAAGUGGAGAAUCAAAAGGAUAUAGCUGUUGCUACCUGCCCGUCCGCCGGAAAACAACUGAAUUAUUCAAUGUUCGCCUUCGUUCUUUCACAUUUUUGCUAGCUUGUCAAACACAUUUUCCAACAGAUUCCGGUUAUUUUGUCAGAAACUCAAUCUGAGUACACCGUUGGCCUCUCUCUCCGUUUCCCGUCGCCUUCCGGUGAUUUGUACAAGCAAAACAAUUCGAAUAACACUUUUUUGGUCGUCGUUCUCUGCUCGCCUGUUCCGAGAAGAAUGACAUUAGAAUGUCUGAAUAGUCGCAUCGACUAGUGUUUUCUUGUUUUCAAAAGACUUCCAUCAAGAGUUCCGCUGACCGUUUUUCGAGUUACCCCGGAAAAAUCUAAUUAUAUACGGGGCGACAGCGAAGAGCAGGCUCACUGCUCACGGGAACGCAGUAGUUAUAAACUGGGAAUGUGCACAAAAUUUGAGCAGGAAAAGACGAAAAUAGAAGCAGAGGGAGUGAAACGGAGUUAGAAUAAACUAACAAUCUGCUUGCAGGGAUACAGAACGUACGUCGCCUCCACGUACAUUGGCUUCAACUUUGUCGGAUUCGCAAUCAACGCGUGGGUUCUCUAUGUGGUCGCUCCGCUGCUCUUCGCGCCCGCAAUCAAAGUACCCAAAAGCAUUCUCUUCUACAUUUUCGCCCUUUGCGUUGGCGAUCUUAUGACAAUGAUAGCCAUGUUGCUGCUCAUUAUCGAGCUUGUUUUCGGCACGUGGCAGUUCUCCUCAAUGGUCUGCACCUCUUAUUUGAUAUUUGAUUCGAUGAACAAGUUUGUGAUUCUUUCAGAUCGACCGUUUCAGUUUGUUCCAUUUCAGAUUCAUGGCUCCUAUGAUCGUGUUUCUAAUCAGCAGAACGUGUUACUCAACAGUUUGUCUUGAUAAAACGACUGGAGAAAAAGCGGCGACUUUGAAGGUUUUAACGGAAUCGCAGAUAGAAUCCCACAAUCUGCUUUCAGUACGCGGUCAUCCAGUUCUGCAUCGCACUCGCCUGCGUGAUGGUACUCCUCUGGCCGGUAUUCGCGUACUCUCAAGUGUUCACUUUCUAUAUGAACCCCAAUUCGACUGCUCAGGAAGUGACCGUCAUGAGGAAGUGCGGCUUUUUCCCUCCGCCGCGUGAGUUCUGCUCACUCGUGACGUCAAAAUUUGUUGCUCCUUUUAGAAAUCGAGUUCUGGUUCAACUUGAUCGCUUGCAUCACUUCCUAUGCGGUGCCGCUCUUCGGAAUUAUUUACUGGUGAGUUGACGUCGAUAGAAAACGUUUGCAACUAGUUCGCAUACUUUGCUUUUUGCAGGUACGUAUCUGUGCCAUUCUUCCUGAAACGGCGGGCGCUGACGACAUUGGUGGCCUCCAGGUACCUUCCGGCUUCCUCUUUUUGUGUGUGAUAGAAGAAGAGAUCGAGAGAAUUAUUUAUUGACACGGGCCGCCAGCCUCGUUUCUCAGAAAACUAUUUCGGGAGAGAAGAGACUGAUUCUGUGGAAUUACUAAUUAGAUACAAAACAUAAUGGAAUGUUUUCAGUUCGAUGGACGCCGCUCUUCGGAAGGUUAUUACGACUGUCCUCCUGCUCACCGUCAUUUACGUCCUCUGCUGGACCCCUUAUUGGGUGAGCAUGUUCGCUAAUCGAAUAUGGACAAUGGAAAGGAAGAGCAGUAAGCAGACGGUGACCAACUGGUGCCCAACAUUCUCCUUUCAGUCAUCAUCAUCUCCUACUUCAUCCAUCUUCUUCCGUACAUAAGUUGCGUUGCUUACCCACUCAUUUUCACCUUACUGAACCGAGGCAUCCGAUCCGCCCACGCAAAGAUAGUGGCAGAUCAACGACGGAGAUUCCGAAGCUUGACGGAUGAAGCCAGUUCGCAGAUACGGACGGCAAUCAGGUGAGGACACGCUGCGAAAGCUCAUCACUAAUUGUGGAUUUCAGGACAAUACCAGGUGCAAAAACGAAAAAGAAUGAAUUCCUGACGCGAACCGAAGAGAUAUCGUCUGAAAAGAACGGUUCGGAAGGAGUGUCCGAGCUCCGGGACGCAAUGCCUUCGCAGACUUCGUUUCCUGAUGAAACCCUCCUAUGA